AGGUGCCGUGACGCAGAGGGGUCCGGGUCUGAACCGCCGCGCACGUCGUGGUCAGACAGCGUUUAGCUCCACUCUGUGGGAAAGGAGCUCAAAAUGCCCCGUGUGCGUGAGCAGUCCUCAGCGUCGCCAUGCGCCCUGGGCGUAAAGCCCCACGUGCCCCCGUCGCUCUUCGUCGUCCUCCGUGGGUGUCACGCCGCAGCCUGACGGGAACCUCCGGUGCCGGCGUGCGUCCGGCACUCGCGGCGCAGACGUCGAGCGAGCGAGGAGCGUUCGCGCGCGAGGAGCCCACUCUGCGCGGCGCUCGGGACGCACGCGGACGAGGAGAAACCACGUGGAGUGUACGCCGUGAUACAAGUGAGCCGCGUGAGCCGCGCGGCGCCGCGUCGGAGCACGACUUGCGGUGAAACUUUUUAUUAAUGUGCGGCCGCCAGCGGACGAUGCGCCGGAAGCAGAGGAGAUGUUUAUUCCAGGAACCAAGUCGCGUGGAUUAAUAUUGACGUGUAGCGUUAUUUCUCCACCGAUGGACGACGGGGCGGACGGGCGAACUAUGAAUUUGCUCUUGUGGAUAUUUGUCUUAAACUUUUCUGUGUGCUGGACUUCAACUGGCGCACAGAUGGGCUUCGACGGGCCUCUCUCCGCGCAGGAGCAGAUGUACAUCCUGUAUGAAAUCAAGCUGCAGUGCUACCAGAACCUCUCCAACGUUGACCUGGAGUCCACAGACGACGUGUGUCCUCCAGACUGGGAUGGGCUGAUCUGCUGGCCCCACGGCUCCCCUGGGCUGGUUACCAAGGUUCCCUGUCCAUCCUACAUCUAUGACUUCAAUCACAAAGGACACGCUUAUAGGAAAUGCGAUGUCAACGGCUCCUGGGUGUUUGUGGACCGCUGGAACAAAACAUGGACCAACUACUCAGAGUGUCUGCGCUUCCUUCAGCCCAGUGAUGAGGAGGGGAAGCAAGACUUCUUUGAGCGCCUGUACGUCAUGUACACCAUCGGCUACGCCGUGUCCUUCAGCUCCCUGCUGGUGGCCAUCUUAAUCAUAGGCUAUUUCAGGCGUCUUCACUGCACCAGAAACUACAUCCACAUGCACCUGUUUGUGUCCUUCAUGCUGCGCGCCGUCAGCAUCUUCGUAAAGGACAAGGUCGUCUAUUCCAGCGUUGGACUGCAGGACUUUGACUCCACCCUGUUGGACAACCUCAAAACAGUCAGCAUGGCGUCGCUGGACAAGGCUCAGUAUAUUGGCUGCAAGGUCACAGUGCUGCUCUUCAUCUACUUUCUGGCCACCAACUACUACUGGAUUCUGGUUGAAGGCCUCUACCUCCACAGCCUCAUCUUCAUGGCCUUUCGAUCCGACUCCAAAUACCUCUGGGGCUUUACAUUCAUCGGAUGGGGUGUUCCAGCUGUUUUCGUGGCAGUGUGGGCCAUUGCCAGGGCGAUGCUGGCAGACGUGAGGUGCUGGGAGUUAAGUGCUGGUGAUAUCAAGUGGAUCUACCAGGUUCCCAUCUUGACAGCCAUCGGGCUCAAUUUUGUCUUGUUUGUGAACAUCGUGAGGGUAUUGGCCACUAAGAUCCGCGAGACAAACGCAGGAAGAUACGACACCAGGAAACAGUACAGAAAACUGGCCAAGUCGACCCUGGUGCUGGUGCUGGUGUUCGGCAUCCACUACAUCAUCUUUGUGGGGAUGCCUCAUACCUUCGAAGGACCGAGCUGGGAGGUCCGCAUGUACUGUGAGCUGUUCUUCAAUUCAUUCCAGGGCUUCUUUGUGUCUAUUAUCUAUUGCUUCUGUAACGGAGAGGUCCAGACGGAGAUAAAGAAAACGUGGACGCGCUGGAACCUGUCCUUUGACUGGGAGAGCCCCGUGGUGUGCGGCCGCUACCGCUACGGCUCCGUGGUGGUGGGCCUCAACAACAACAGCACCAGCAGCCAGUCCCACCUGGCCGGGGGCGGCCUCUCCACGCGCUCCACCACGCUGGCCUCCAGCCGCGUCUACCGCAGCGCGGGGCCCUCGGCGCUCAGCGUGCACGCCACCCUCCCGGGUUACGUCAUCGGCAGCUCGGACCCUUCCAUACCCGAAGAGCCCGAGGACAGCGGCCCCAAGCGCGUGGACGACAUCUCCCUCAAGGAGACGCUGCCCGUCGUCAACGCGAGCGCCGCGCCCGAGGAUGAGGAGGAAGCGCUGUAGAGGCGGCGAUGGAGGUGAAACAGCGGCGGCUUAGUGCAGUCAGAUCGUUCACGAGGGACCAAAGGCAAAUGAAGGCACUGAAGUUUUUGUACGAGGAUGCAAAAGGUUUUCUCAGGGAGGGCGACACCGCAGUGCCCUCUGUUGUUCAACAGCUUUUAGAGGCAAGAAAGGCAACUGUAGCACACGCCGAGCAGCAGUUAUUGUCUGAUGUUAUGGAAAUGGAGUUCAUUUCCAGUUACUGUAAGUGAUACGAUGUUUGUAUAUAACACGGCCACCGCAUCUGAGCAUAAGGGUCAUUCACAAUAGCAGAGAGCUCAGAGAAGUAAUGAGAAAAAAAACCAAGAUUUGGAUGCUUUUAAAAAAUGUAAAAUACCAGCAGCAUGAGAGCUGAAGAAUAACGUGCAAACUUGAUGAAUUCCGUUCAUGGACGGGUUCAGUGUCAUAGUGAACUGUGUGCUUGCUUUUAUAAUCAGCCCAACAUGUGGAACUCGCUACACACAGCUACACACAUGUCCAGGACGACUACUGUGACAAAGACAGACACAAAAUGCAGAUGAUUGUGACACAAGCGCCACCAUGACGUUGACUUCGGUCGCCUUGACCUGUGGAUUUACUCGCUCUGUUUACAUUUGUAGGUACAGUAAGGUCGACGAUCACAGUCAGUGGCACAUCUGGUCCUGGGAUUGUGAUUUUUCUACUUUUGACAAUCAACUGUGCUGACUGUGAAGGGCUACAUUUGGUGUUACGUGUGCAUGUUUGUCAGUAAUUUUGCUGCGGUGCGUUUUGAAUAUGGAACUUUUACUGUUGUGUAUUUCGUCUGCUUCAGGAAAAGCCUUAAACUUGAAACAAUUCGUUUUAAUCUCGUUUGGUGUCUGUUCUUAAAGCAUUUGGCUGUUUUUUCUCUGUGAUAUUUGUUUGUGUCACUUUCCAUUCUUUCUCCUCUCUCCCAUUUUCUGUGCCAAUAAAUGUUCACAGCAACAACCCGCUGAGCUGCUUUCUGAUACUGAAAAAAUACUUUUUUUUUACUUUUUACCUGAACAUCUCAAAAUGUAUAAAUGAACUGUACAUUAGCUCAGUGCACUAGUGAGUAAACCAUGCUUGUUGCUUGGCUGCUUGGCAUAAGCCCAAAGACCACUCCAAGACCUUUUCAUGCCCUCAUCCAAACACAUACACAAAUAUAUAUUUGGUUUAUUUACAAAACAGCACAGAAGAGUAAAAAGAAGUACAUUAACACAACUAUGACAUAACACUAACACAUUUUGUAAUAUUAUUAUAUUUAUUAUUAGUUUACCUGUAUAUGAUAUUGAAAUUAGGCAUUUGUAGGGAAAACCGAGAGCAUAUUUUGUGCAUAUCUUUGUGCUUGUGAUUCUGUCAAGUCAUAAAACAGCCUGUACAUUUCAAAUAACUAGUUGUUUUUUCAUUUGCUGUCAGUGGGUAAUGGCUAGUUCUUCUAAUCUGCUUGUUGCUAAUGUUAUCCAGCAGACGCCUAUUGACAAGCUGCCUUAUAUAUUUAGUCAUCAGCAUUAGACGUCUGCACCAGUCAGGCAAAACAUCUCGACCACCAUCGUUCUGCUCCUGCUCCUCGGCCUCAACACCUCGGCCCCCGUCGGCGUCAGCCAGCCUUCUUCUCAUACUGCGUCCUGGUGCCAUGUGUUCCCCAGGUAAGCAAGGAGUAACGUGUAGGUCAUAUUGUCCAUGUGUUCCAUUGCUAUGUGUUCGUUCUGUUGCCCAUGUUGGUGCAGUAUAAACACUGGUCUUAUGCAAUCCCUGUAAAACAACAUAAACUGUAAUAUAUUAUAUAGUGCAUUGUUUCUUUCUGUAUACUGUAAAUUCUUUGUUUGACAUUUUCUAUCCAAGAACACCCCGAGUUCUGAUGCUCUGACCCUUUUAUCUACCCUUCACAAUUGGUUCCUUGUCAAACUCAUUAAGAUUGUCCCCAUUUUUCCUUCAAACACAUCGAUUUCAGGAACAGAAUGUUCAGGUCAGCCAGUACCACGAUGAAGAGUCAAUCAAUGUUACUUACUGCACCUGUCAGUGGUCGUGUUAUGUCUGAUGAAUGGAUUUGAAAUAGAGCUGUUCUAAGACAUUUGCCAUCAUUUAGGUUAACAACUCCUGUACAGUAGGGUCUGGAUUCUCUCAAGCCUUUUAGAGACUCCUCAAUCUGACAGUUUUCUUCUGCAAACCUUUUAUCUUGGUUCAUGUGUUGGCAGCUUAGAGUUUCAACUUCAAACACAGCAAUAAAAUAUAUAACCACAAGUGAA